AUGGACUUAAACGCCUUGCUAACGGCGCAAAGCGACGCUUAUGGUCGCAUCGCUCGUUCGGUCACCAACUUAAAGAAGAUGGGCGCGGAGAACAUUACGCUCCACGCCGUUGAGACACGCCUUCAACUCCUCGACAAGACAUGGGCCAAGGUCGAAGCACAGCACGAAGCCAUUCGAACUCUCUUCAAGGAGGAAUUUGAUGAGAGUGAGUACAAUCGAACGCAAUUCUUCGACACCAUCGAAAUUACUUACGUGGAAGAGCGAAGCGCGUUAAAUGAGUACUUAAUAAAACUUCAAUCCGCGAAUCCGUCAAGCGCCGUUCCUAGCAAGGAGUCCAGCAACGUUUCCUCCGUAUCGGCCUUACCUCGACUCCGAGUCAAGUCGUUUUCGGGCGCGUUCGAGGACUGGCCCACCUUCCGGGAUAGCUUCAUGUCAAUCGUCGGCAAAAAUAAGUCCAUCUCGAACAUCGAGAAGUAUCAUCACCUGAGGUACUCUCUCGAAGGAGCGGCUGAAAAAUUAAUCCGUCCAUUAGCCGUAAUCGGGGAGAAUUAUCCGCGCGCGUGGGCAAUGCUUAAAGAGCAUUACGAGAAUGAAAAGGAGGUAGCUCGCGCCAAUUUUGCCGCCUUCACCGCCGUCCCUAAAAUGAGGAGCGACACCACCGAGGAACUCGACCGCGUUUUCAACGCCGUAACUAGCGUUGUGAGCGGACAGGAGGGUAUCGGUAGGCCCAUCGAGACACACGGUUUUGAUUUACUCAACCACCUCGUCACCGAAAUGUUCGACCCGAAGACUCGCCUCGAGUGGGCGUCCUACACGAGUGAGUCCACCGACGUUCCGAGUCACGAAACCCUGGUGAAAUUCAUCACUCGAAGAGCGUUCACUCUCAAAGUCGCUAAGGCGACGACAGCCAAAACCUCCGGGGAUCCGCCACGAUCCGCAAGGUCCCAUCACGCCAAGGGGUCCCCCACAUCGUCUCAGUGUGUAUUGUGCAAGGGCAAGCACAAUGUGAUGAUGUGCGACGAGUUCAAGGCGAAGUCCGCGACCGACCGCAAAACCGUCGCGGAAACCCACCGGCUGUGUUUCAACUGCCUCGGUCCACACCAGAUCGCGAAAUGCCAGUCCGCUAAAACGUGCACCACGUGUAAAGCUCGACAUCACUCGAUGCUGCACGACGCGUAUGCCACCGUUAGACCCGCCGAAGCAAGCACACUCUCCGCUGUGCGCCGGGAUGAAGACACCAAGGCGAUUCUUCUCGCGACCGCGAGAGUGAACCUCGCCGACCGCCAUGGAACCCCGCACACGGUCCGCGCCUUGAUCGAUCAAGGGUCGGAGGUCUCGCUGAUCUCAGAGUCCCUUGUGCAACGCCUGCGCCUGCCACGAUCCAAAUCCUCAGUGUCAAUCUUUGGCAUCGGAGGGACCCGCACUGGGUCAAGCAGAGGGAAGGUCUCGCUCAGCCUCUCCUCCACUGUCAACGAGACGAAGUUGACAGCCGUUGCCUUUAUUCUCCCUCGUCUCUCACUUUACCAAGGUGCUGUAGUGCGGGACCGAGCCGCGUGGCCUCACGUGGAAGGACUCCAGCUGGCCGAUCCUGGGUUCCGAGCCAACGACCCGAUCGAGCUACUUCUCGGAGCGGAAGUCUGCUCCAUCAUUCUCGAGGAGGGCCUCCGCAAGGGAGGCCCUCAAGCGCCCGUCGCACAACGCACGUCGCUUGGCUGGAUCCUGUCCGGCGGGUGCGUUGACCCCCCGCUUCUAACGUCGCGCACGUCCUUGCAGUGCACGGCCGAGCACGAGCUCACCGCGCUCGUGCGACGUUUCUGGGAGCAGGAACAGGAAGCUUCCGCUCCCGUCGCCGCCACUCCCGAGGAACAGCUGUGCGAGGACAUCUUCACUCGCUCUCACACUCGCACCGACACGGGUCGGUACAUGGUGAGGCUGCCAUUCGCCUCGAUUUAA